AUUCUUUUUUUAUAUGUCAACUAACAUCAUGCUGAAUGUUAGAGGUUAGGUUAAUCAAAAUAAUACUUCAUAAUGUCCCGGAUAUUUGGUAACGAACAAUCUAGUUCAGACGAAAAUGAUGAUUUUCAAACAAAUAAUGACUACGCCAAAAAUUACGAUACAUGGAGGAAAAAGGAAGAAUUACAUAAAUUGAAAACAAAGUAUGGCGAAGACGUAUUAGAUAAAAUAGAGGAAUCAUCUAGUUCUUCAGAUGAUGAAGAAGGUAUACAUAUAACAGAAGAUGUUGAAAAAGAUUUUUUUAAAACACUGGCUUGUUUAAAAAAUAAAGAUCCAAGUAUAUAUAAAACUGAUGUUAAUUUUUUUGGAGAAUAUGAAGCAAAUGUUAAAAAGAAAAAGAAAGAAAAGCCAGUCUUUUUGAAGGAUUAUGAAAGGAAUUUGAUUCUCGAGAAAGGGGGAUUGUUAAGUGAUGAAGAUGAUACUCAAGAUACUCCAAAGAAUGAGAUCUAUAAUAAAUCAUAUAUAAAUGUACCCACUAUUUUUUGUGGGUCCUUUACUUAUAACGAAGAACAAAAAAACAUAAAAGAUAAUUUCAAAAAAAUUCUUGAAGAAAAUGAUGAUGAUAAUGAUGAAAACUGGGGUGGAAUAUUUAAAGAGAGAAAGAAAACUAAAGAAGAGGUAGAGAAGGAAGAAAGUGAUUAUAAACUGUGGUUGGCUGGCCAUAAAACUAAAUUAGAUAAUACAACACUUGUGAACGAAUUAAAGCCUUUAAAAGAAUAUUGGAAUAAUCCUGAUUUGGAUGAAGGGGAGAAAUUUUUGAGGGAUUAUAUUCUAAAUAAGAAAUAUUUAGAAAAAGAGGAUGAUGAUUAUAUUCCAACAUAUGAAGAAGUUGUACAUGAUUCUGAUAAAGAUUUGAGUAAUGAUGAAGAAAAUAUAGAAAAACAGGAAGAAUUUGAACAUAAAUAUAAUUUUAGAUUUGAAGAACCAGAUCAGGAAUUUAUUAAAAGAUAUCCUAGGACAAUGGAAAAUUCACUGCGAAGAACUGAUAAUAGGAGAAAAAUAAAGAGGCAAGAAAUUAAAGAAAGAAAGAAAAAAGAAAAAGAGGAGAAGGUACAAGAAGUAAAAAAAUUACAAGAAUUGAAACUAAAAGAAAUUGAACAAAAAUUAGAACAGCUUAAGGAAAUAACAGGGAAUGCAAAUUUGGGGUUUGCAAAUGAGGAUAUUGAAGGGGAUUUUGAUCCUGAUGAAUAUGACAGGAAAAUGCAAGAGUUAUUCAAUGAAGAAUUUUACACUGCACCUGAAGAUGAUCAAAAACCUGAAUUUCCAGAUCUUGAUGAAGAACUUGAAAUUGAAAAUUGGGAACGUUACAAUAGUAACCCUUCAAAGGAAUCGCAACCACAUUGUGAAGAUGAAGAUUUCAAUAUGGAUUGUGAUUAUGAUCCAAGUGCACCUAAAAAUAAAGAUGAGUCAACUCAAGGCAAGAAAAAACGAAGAAAGAAAUCCAAGUUUGCAACAGCUGUUGCAAAACCAAAACCUAAAUUUGAUCCAAAUGAUAAAAAAUUUGAAAAGUAUUUUGAGGAAUAUUAUAAACUAGAUUUUGAAGACAUAAUUGGAGAUAUUCCCUGCAGAUUCAAGUACAGGAAAGUUAUACCAAAUGAUUUUGGAUUAACAACUGAAGAGAUACUAUUGGCGAAUGAGAGAGAACUCAACAAAUGGUGUUCUUUAAAAAAAGCCGUCCAAAUACGACCUGAUGAUGUGGAAAGAUAUGAGCAGAUAGCUUACAAAAAGAAAGGUCAAAAUAUUAAUUUGAAAAUGAAGAUACUGCCCAGUCUCUUUACAAAUAGUAAAGAAAAUGAAAUUACUGAUGACAAUGUUGGUCCUGAUAAGAAAAAUGAGGUAGUUCAGUCUGGUAAUGAAAGAGAAGACACUAAAAAUAAUAAUACAACAGCAGGAAAGAAAAAGAAGGGAAACAAGAAAAAACAAAAAACUACUACAACUAUUGCAGAUAAUGGUGUUUGUAGUCACACCAGUGAAGGAAGUAGCAUAGUAGAAUGUAAAAUUGACAAAGAGCCUGAGAAUGAGAAAAUUAAAAGAAAGAACAAGGUAUCCAUUACAAAUGUUACUGAGAAUGGUGUAAAUCAGACUAAUAGCAUAGAAACGAAUAAAGAAGGAAACAUGGAAGAAAGUAAAAUGUCUAAAGGAAAGCUCAAUAAUGAAAAUAAAAAUAAGAAGAAAAACAAAACUAAGAAAAAGAAGAGGGAAGAAAGAGUUACCAAAGUGGCAGAAGAUGAAGACUCUAAAGUAAACAAAAGUUAUGAUAUAGGUAGCAAAAAGAGGAAUUUAAGUGGAAACCAUCAGGAAGAGAAUAAGCGAAAGAAACGAAAAUUUUCUCAAGAAAAAGAUAAAAGUAUAAACAUAACAGAUGCUAGAUUAUCAGCGUAUGGAGUGAAUCCCAAGAAAUUUAAAAAUAAACUCAAAUAUAACAAAUGAAAGAAAUAUAGUUUUAUAUCUUUAUUUAAAAAAAGUGUCCUGGUGCAUAAGAAAUUGAAUAAAUAAAAUUAUUUAUCAA